GGUGUUCUUGCCUGGAAAAUUCCACGGAUAGAGGAGCCUGGCAAGCUAAGAAUUGGACACGACUGAGCAACUGAGCACGCACGUGCACACUUAUACCCAGAAGUGGAGCUGCUGGAUCCUAUGGGAAUUCUAUCUUUAACUUAUUGAGGAAUUGCCAAACAGUUUUCCACAGGAACUGCACUGUUUUACAUCCCACCAGCACCUUAUGAGAGUUCUGAUUUUUCUCCAUCCUUGCCAAGACUUCUUUUGUUUCAUUUUGCAGUCAUCCUAGUGGGCAAGUGUGACCCCACGUGUCAUGACUGUGUUUCCCUGAUAGUUAAUGACGUUGAGUGUCUUUUCCUGCGGUGCUGGCCAUUGGUACAUUUUCUUUGAAGAUGGGUCUAUUCAAGUCUUUGUCCAUAGUUUUCUGGUUUGGUUUGGUUUCAGUUUUAUUUAUCUGUCUUUGACUGUGCUGGGUCUUCAUUGCUGCAUGAGGGCUUUCUCUAGUUGCAGACAGCGGGGGCUACUCUCUAGCUGCAGUGUACUGGCUUCUCGCUGCAGUGGCUUCUGUUGUGGAGCACUUCAGCAGUUGCGGUUCCUGGGCUCCCUGAGCUCAGGCUCACUAGUUGUAGCACGCAGACUUGGUUGCUCCAAGACAUGUGCGAUCUUCCCAGACCAGGGAUCAAACCCAUGUCUCCUGCAUUUGCAGGGAGAUUCUUUACCACCAAGCCACCAGGGAAGCCCCUAUCCAUAAUUUUAAUUGGGUAAGUCUAAUAACUAUUUAUUGGGUGCUGGAUAUUGUGAAUUUUAUGUUACUGAGUAUUGUUUUGUUCCUGUUUCCCUUUAAAGAGUAUUGACAUCCUUGGCAGCCUGUUAAACUAAACAGCCUGUGUCAUCUUGUUCCCUUUGAGGCUUGCUCUCCACAGUCAUGAUGGGUGCGGAACAGCCUUUAGUUGAGAGCUAGUUCAGUCGCUUCACUGAGGCCAUGACCCGUCUGGGGUUUCUCCUGAAUGUUCUGAUGUCCACCCUGGCUGCUCAGCAUUAAAGGUGUCCUCUGCCUAUAUGAAAUCUGGACUGUUCAGCUUACCACCCCCACCCCCCACCCCUCUUGUUUUGUGCUUGGACUCUUGGAAAUUUCUCCAUCUUUGCCCUGAUGUGGUGCUCAGCAAGAGAACUAAGAGGCCCUCAUCUGGUGUGUUUUGCUGAGAGCACAGUCCUGCGGUGCUGGUUGUCCUAACUCUUCAUCAGUAAGAGCAUGGACAGUCAGUCACUCCCUCACGACCAGAAUAAAAGUCUCUCAUCUCUUGUUUCUUUUUCUCAUGUUUAUCCCCUCCCCCCUCCAACUUUAUAUUGAGAUACAGCUGAAGUAUAAUAAACUGCGCAUAUUUGAAGUGUACAGUUUCAACUGUCUUAACAUAUGUGUUAACUAUCUGAAACCAUCACCAGCCUUGAACAUUUCUAUCACCUCCUAAAGUUUUCCUGUACCACUUGCAAGGCAUCUCUCCCUCCACUCUACCACAAGGCUAUCGGUGAUCUGUAGUUGGCAUUCUCUAGAAUUUCGUACUGACGGCACCAGAAGAUCUGGCUUCUUUAAUCAGCAUCAUGAUUUUGAGCUUCAGCCAUGUCGUGUGUAUCAACAGUUGUCCUUUUCUGUUUUUCUGCGCAAUAUUCCACUGUGUGGUUAUACCACUUUUUGUUUAUACCACUUUUUGUUUAUUCCUGUUUCAAAUGCUGGAAGCAACAUUCGAGUUGUUUACAGUUUGGGGCUGUUACAAAUAAAGCUAUGUACGUGGGUGUGUAACUCGACGCAUGUUUUUAUUUCUCUUGGGUGACUACCACCGGAAGAUGCCCGAGUCACGCUAAAUUUAAGUUAAACAUUUUAAGAAACGACCAAAUAUUUUCCCAAAGUGGCUGUAGCGUUUUACACGUUGGGGAUGCCACGGCCCCUGCCCCCAAAUACCUCCGGAGAGGAGGGCUGCGAGUGCCACGUUACCCUUUGCUACCGCCUUAGCAAGCUCGGAAGAAGGCAGAGAGGGAGGCCCGGCCGUGGGCACCGCACGUGCAAAGGCCCGGGGUGGGCAGAAGGCUCCUUGGGCGCAGGUGCGGCGAGGGGGCGGAGAGGGGGAACCUUCCCGAGGCGCGGCUGCGGGGAGGGGCUCCUCGGCGGCCCCGGAUGGGGCGGGGUUUGGACGGCAGGCGGCGCUCCGUCGGUUCCCAAGGCAACCGGGUUCAACAGUUGGAGCCCCGAGGUUGUCUGGAGGCUUCCUGCUUCCCGCUUGCCGACAUGUGCACCGCCGAGGUGGACCGUCACGUCGCCCAGCGAUACCUGCUCAAGCGGCGGCUCGGGAAGGGGGCCUAUGGCAUCGUGUGGAAGGCGGUGGAUCGGAGGACUGAUGAGGUCGUGGCCAUCAAGAAAAUCUUUGAUGCCUUCAAGGAUAAGACAGACGCCCAGAGGACAUUCCGGGAAAUCAUGCUUCUCCAGGAAUUUGGGGACCAUCCCAACAUCGUCCGCCUCCUGGAUGUGAUCCCGGCAGAGAACGACAGGGACAUUUACCUGGUGUUUGAGUCUAUGGAUACCGACCUGAAUGCUGUCAUCUGCAAGGGCACGCUGCUAAAGGACACCCACAAACGCUACAUCUUCUACCAGUUGCUGCGGGCCACCAAGUUCAUUCACUCAGGGCGGGUCAUCCACCGGGACCAGAAGCCAUCCAAUGUUCUCCUGGAUGCCAGCUGUUUGGUGAAGCUCUGUGACUUUGGCCUGGCUCGCCCCCUCAGUGGCCUCCCUGAGGUCCCCGAGGGGCAUGCCCUGACGGAGUAUGUGGCCACGAGAUGGUACCGGGCUCCAGAGGUGUUGCUGUCUUCCAGCUGGUACACCCCUGGGGUGGACAUGUGGAGUCUGGGCUGCAUUCUGGGGGAGAUGCUGCGGGGGCGGCCCCUGUUCCCCGGCACGUCCACCCUCCACCAGCUGGAGCUCAUCCUGGAGGCCAUCCCGCCACCAUCCAAGGAGGACCUCCUGGCGCUCGGCUCUGGCUGCAACAUCUCAGUUCUGCAGCACCUGGGGUCCCGGCCCAGGCAGACGCUAGAUGCCCUCCUGCCCCCCGACACCCCUCCAGAUGCCCUGGACCUCCUCUCGAGACUCCUGGUGUUUGCCCCGCACAAGCGGCUCAGCGCAGCCCAGGCCCUGCAGCACCCCUACGUGCAGAGGUUCCACUGCCCGGCCCGUGAGUGGACACUGGAGGGGGACGUGCGGCUCCCGGUGCAGGAAGGAGCCCAGCUCUCAGCCGCCGAGUAUCGCCACCGCCUCCAUCAGAUGAUCUUGGAGCGUAGGGGCCACGGCCGCCUCCCGAAGGAGACGGGCCUGGGGGGCGGCCCCCCGACCCCCGAGCCGGAGGCCCAGCUGCCCUCGGGCUCGCCCGCGUUGAACUCGGGACGCCGGCCUCGGAAUAACCCAGGCCUCUGCCCCGUGCACGACGCCCCCGGCGGAGCCCAGGACCCUCCCAGGCAGAACUCAGCCCCCCUGCCCCAGCCUCCGCCCCCAGGAGGUCCUGGGAGAGGGGCGGGGCCCGGCGGGGCGACGUCAUCCUCGUGGGUGAAGCCCAGCGUGAGGGAGGCGGCGCCCUCCUUGACCUCGCAGGCCGCCGCCCAGGUGGCCGUCCGGGCACUGAUCCGGAGUGACCGGAACCCGGGCCGCGGUGCGAACGCGCCCGGCGCGCCACGGGUUCCUCCUCGACCUCCCGGGGCGGCCCGGCCCGGUCGGAGGAUGUUCGGGGCCUCGGCCGCGCAGGGGGCCCAGGGGGCCGCGCGGGCCAAGCUGGGGGGCUACUCCCAAGCCUACGGGACCGUCUGCCUCUCGGCGCUGGGCUGCCUACCCCUCCUCCCGGGACCUCGCGCCUGAGCCGCCCUGCGGGUCUUCAAGGGGACCUCCCCGGCGCCCAGCCCCGCGCCUCUCCCCUAGUCCUUAGGUUGCCCCUCCUCCGGCAAGCUCCGGGGCCCAAGCCCCUGGUGCUCUCCACCUAGCGUUUCCCCAGCGCACCCUCUCCUGGCCACAUUUGAGUCCCAGAGCUUGUCUGGGCCUCUCUGGGGGACUCGCUGAGGUUCACACCCCAACCUCCAUCACUUCCUCCAAUAAAGUUCUAUCUGUCCCCCA